ACGAUGAUCUGUGUAUAUAAACUAGCUUCGAACAGCCCGCGAUAGAUUAGAAACUUCCAGAGAUUUCAGAGACUUGAAUUUGCAUUGAAGGGUCAACAGGAUGGGACACGCAAGAAAACUCGAAGACGACAAUCCUCCAUCGUCACCAUUAAACGAAACGCUCUUAAUAGCGACUAUGUGCAUCGUCGGAUUACAGGUUCAUGUUCACGUCAAGGACGGCUCGGUGUUUUCCGGAGUAUUCUACACAGCUUCCUUCGAGAACGGCUUUGGCAUUGUUUUGAAGAAUGCGAAAAUGACUAAGAAGGGGAAAAGUAAAGCGAAUGUUGCAAGCGGAAGUGUGGUGGAGACGCUUGUUAUUAUGUCUCCCAACAUUGUUCAAGUAGUUGCAGAGGGGGUCUCGCUUCCAUCAAGUGUUACUGGGAAUAGUGAGUGUGAGAUUGUCGGAUCAGCCAUGGAGACUUUACCUUCUAAGUCUCGUUUAUCUGCUGGAAAGAAAAAUGGUAUUGAAGGAAGGGGAAAUCAUCAUUGGAGACAGCCAGGAGCCAAUAUUUUGAAGCGUAAUGAACACAUUCCUGACGUUCAUCAGGAGGAUAUCCCAAGCUCAAGUCCUAGCUUGGAUAACAUGUCCGAACGAGUUAAACCAAUAAAAGAAGAUAUGUUGACGCCGGAACCUAUAAGUAAUGGUUUUCACGAUGCUGCUGAAAGACCCUCUUCCACUGACAAGUCAUCCUCACGAAGUGAAACUGUUGAUGAAACCUCAGAGUUGUGUCAGGGUAUCAAGGCAUCUUCUAAUGAACCAAUACCUAUCCAGGCCAUAAAAAAGGCUAAGGAGUUCAAGUUGAAUCCAGAGGCAAAGAAUUUUUCUCCAUCUUAUACAAAACGUCUUUCACCGUCUCCUGCUGCUAUGCCUGAUAUUCAAAACGUUGCUUAUAUACCAAGCAAUACUCCCAUGCUACCUGUUCCUGAACCUGUUUACCCAGAAGUUGGAAACAGCCCUUAUAUGCCCCAAACAUCCCCACAUUCCAAGUUUGUGCCAUAUGGUAAUUUGACUGCUGGAAAUACUGUCAGUGUAUUUCACUUUCCUCAGCACAUGAUUGGGCCUAUUGUUAAUAGGGCACAUCCGCAGGGAUUCACCUCUCCAUACCAAUCUGUUCAAGCAUCACCAAUGUUUGUAAAUCCAAAUCCUCAGGUAAUGGUUGCGAGAUCAGGCCAGCUUUAUCUCCAACCAGUUUCUCAGAAUCUGGUUCAAGCAACACCGCCUCUUCCACCUAUGCUAUCCCGUCCUCUACCACCCGCACAACAUGUCCAAUACCUGAAGCAUCAAGGUGUAGUUGCAGCUGGUCAGCCGAUGCAGCUAUGCGUUCCCCAACCAUUCACGACGGGUGGACUGCAACCGUACAGCGUCCCCGCCCAAUAUCCGGUUAUGCAGCCUCCUUUCCCGACGAAUCAGCCAAUGCACAUUGCAGUUCCUAAUGGCUUCUUUGGCACAAAGUUUCCAUAAUUAGAGUCUCCCUUUUUUUCUUUUCUUUUUUUUGGUUUCAUACCUUCAUUCUUUGCCUCUCCAUUCCAACCUAGUAAGGGUUUAUUGUUUGGUUCGUCUAUUACUAGUCAUUGAUUGAUUCAUUGGUUUAUCGAGUUGGAUUUGGGUAAAAAAACUGUUGUAAAAUGUGAAAAGUGAAAACAUUAUUUAUGAUUCUUUGGUUGACAUAAAUUGGCAAAAAAACAUUAUAGAUCCAUAUUUUGAGAGCUC